CAACAACGUUUGUAAAUACUGCGGAUUGAAGGAGGAAAAGUAUCUUUGAUGUAUUCUUCUUGAACAAAUCCGGACCGCAAAAAGGAGAAGAGAAAAAACGAUCUCGCCAAUGAAAAAAUGCGGSCCCACCAACGACAAAAGUGGUGAUUAGUGGUGAAGUUGUGUGCAAGGAUAUCCGAAAAAAGGCGUCGUCCACUCAAACUCGCGCCAGAGGAAAGAGCAAUCUUUGUUCUCAUAAUUUUAAAGUUUGCUCAAACCAAAAGCAUCAAAUCCUCUUCACCAACUCUUCCUAAAUCAAUCACCAUGAAGUUCUCUCUUAUCGCACUUGCCGCCGUCGUUGCCUCGGCCGAAGCUGUCGCCAGACCUUCCCUUUCCGUAAGUAUGGUCCAGUGAAAUUCUUGCCGUCGGACUUUUYGCCAUUUCGACCGACCCGUCUAAUUUACUCRCUCGCACCGUUGUUCAUUGCAAUUUAGAUCUCUGUURCCGAUGGAAAYUUUGACGGAGUUGAUGGAUUGGACCCCACCCUUUCGUGGUCGGGUGCCUCCUCCGCCGGUGACAUGGACCUCGARUACGGAAUCGAAGCCGCUGCUCGACCCACCACCGAUAUUGCAUCGCUCCCUAAGAAGGUUUUCGGAACCCUGAAGACCAACCUUGGUGGAUGGGGUGUAACUGCCGGAGCUACUAAGGAUAUGGGAAGCGGUGACACCGACAUUGAAGUCAGCGCUGCCAACGAUGAUGCCGACCUCUCUGUCAAGGUUCUUGCUUCCGCCGAUGGCGGUGUCGACAGCAUCUCGGCCACCAAGAACAUGGACUUGGACGGUGCCUCCSUUACCAUCACCCCAACCUACUCGCUUGCUUCCGAAGAUGCCGAUGUUGUUGUCACAUACGACAAUGGCGAUACCAACGUUGAACUCACCGCAUCUGCYGACAGCCAAGAAGUUGUCGUCAACCACGAUAUGGGAGACACCAAGGUUAAGUUGACCGCAUCGAAGGAUGCCCAAGAAGUUGUYCUCGACCAYACCAUGGACAACACCAACAUUGURUUGACCGCAUCCGCCGACAACCAAGAAGUUACCAUCUCRCAACAGCUCGAUGAUGACAACAAGAUCUCUCCUACUAUCAACCGCAACGGCGAUAUCUCCGUUGCAUGGGAACGAUCCCUCGGAGACGAUAACUCCUUGACCGCCACCCUCACUCCCGAUGAGAGCAUCGAUGUUGAAUGGAAGGACGACAACUGGACCGCCAACAUCAACGCAGGAUUGAGUGGAACUGAUAUCGGAGAUGUUUCCAUCAGUGCCAAGCGUGAUGUCACUUUCUAAAUCGUUUUACAGAAAGACAUACAGUUCGCUCCUCCYCUUUCCUGUGCAUAUAGCAUUCCUACCCUCGGCCGACAACCCUUCGCACACCCACACCCUCCGCCCAGCCUCUCGGAAUUAGCUCAUGCUGCUCGUGCCGAUUGAUGGCUAACAAACUGACUAAAGGCCAUUUUCUUUUGUUGAUUAGCAAGUACUAUAUUUCUUUAUAAAAUGAGUUAUAGCAC